GACACUGGCUGUCUUUUUUUCUAUUCUAGAUUGUUAUUCUUUUUUAUUAUUCUUGAUUUAUUCUCUGCCUUCUCCGCUUCUCGUCACACUUUUCCCCCCUCUCACACACUCAUACACAGUCACGCAGAAAGAAAGAGAGAGAGAGAGAGAGAGAGAGAGAGAGAGAGAGAGAGAGAGCGCAGCACACAGUUGGUGGACUCAUUGCGGAGGACAGAGCACGAAAGAGAGGAGAGAGAGAGCAUCAUUUCUCCCGUGAUACGGAAUUAACAGCGUUUCCUAGCUUUACGCGCAAGGUGUGCGUGUGUGUUAGUGUGUGUACGUGUGCGUGUUACGGGAAAAUCGGGAGUUUUGCUUCUCAUUUGUAACACGAAGCCUAAUUGUUCGUGCUUCAGCUGAAAUCACGAGCUGAACGGAGAUGAUGUUCAGGCGCUCUCUCCAAGAGGGUUCCGUCCCAUCCGUGCAGCGGAAUACCAAGCAAUAACGCAUUGCUCUCAAAUUGAUGAAGAGGAAGGAAAAAAAGCAACAUCACCACCACCCCACACGUUUAGCCGAUUAUACGUCUUGAUUUAAGAGGAAAAACUAUUCUAUUCACAAGCAAUUGGAUGAGAGUCAUAUUUGCCCUUGGCAACUGAAGAUGACGUUACUAUGGAAAUGGCUAGUGCUGCUAUCAAUCAAUGGCUGCCUUGCAGCUUAUGCAGAAGAUGCACUGUUUCAUGGUCCAAGAUGGAAAACAGAGCCCAGUGACCUGAUUCUCCCUAUUCACUCCCCAAAGCAGGAGGCUGUCCUAGCAUGUGAGGCCUCCGGCAUCCCUCUUCCACAGUACAGAUGGUCUCUGAAUGGGACACUCAUUGAUCUCGACGGUGACGAGAGGCGUCAUGUGUCUGGAGGGAACCUGAUUAUUAACACAUUGGAUCGAGACCAAGAUGCAGGCGUUUACCAGUGCUCUGCUUCCAACGCCCGAGGAAUCAUCCUGAGUCACAGAGCCACUGUGCAGUUUGCAUAUCUAGAGAACUUCAAAACCCAGCAGAGGAGUGCUGUAAAUGUGAGGGAGGGCCAAGGUGUUGUUCUGUUAUGUGGAACCCCGAUGCAUUCUGGAGAACUUACAUUUGCUUGGGUCUUCAAUGAGUACCCAAACUUUGUCCAGCAAGACAGCAGACUCUUUGUGUCCCAGGAGACUGGAAACCUGUAUAUUGCAAAGGUGGUACUGUCUGACGUAGGCAACUAUACGUGUGUCGUCAACAACAGCAUCACCAAGGAUAAAGUGCUGAGUUCACCCACUCCUCUAGUGCUGAGAAACGAUGGUGCAAUGGGAGAAUACGAGCCCAAAAUAGAAGUUCAUUUUCCAGACACUGUGCCUGCUGCGAAAGGAUCGUCUGUGAAACUAGAGUGCUUUGCCCUGGGGAACCCAGUUCCUAAAAUCAGCUGGAGAAGAACCAAUGAUGUGCCAUUUCCAAGUAAAGUCAAGCUGAGUAACUCCAAUGCUAUUCUGGAAAUACCCAGAUUCCAGCAGGAGGACACAGGAACAUACGAGUGUGUGGCAGAGAACAGUCGAGGAAAGAAUGCAGCAAAAGGUCGUCUCUCUUUUCAUGCCAAGCCUCAUUGGCUGCAGACCAUGACGGCCACAGCCUUGUCUAUCGAGGAACUUAUUUGGGAGUGCAAAGCCAAUGGGAAGCCCAAACCCUCUUACAACUGGCUGAAAAAUGGAGAAACGCUUAUGUCUGAGGGCCGGGUGCUCAUAGAAAACGGCGCUCUCAGCAUCUCCUCACUGACCCUGUCUGAUGGAGGAAUGUAUCAGUGUGUGGCAGAGAACAAGCACGGAAUCAUUUAUGCCAGCGCUGAACUUUUGGUGCUAGCGUCACCACCCAGUUUUUCGGAGAGUCCUCUGAGGAGCGUGUUAAAAGUUCUUGCUGGAAGUGAAGUGACUUUAGAUUGCAGACCGCAAGCUUCACCCAAAGCCAUCAGCUUGUGGAAGAGAGGGAGUGAGAUGAUCCAGAAAAAUGAAAGAUUCUCUGUCUUUCCCAAUGGAACAUUAAAGAUUGCCAAUGUGACUAAGCAAGAUGGGGGCAUUUACACGUGCAUUGCCAGGAACCAGUUUGGCAGUGCAAGUACUGCAGGGCGCCUGCUGAUCACGGAGCCGAGCAGGAUCACACAAGGGCCCAGCAGCAUGGAGAUUAUGGUGGGCGAGAGCAUCGUGUUGCCCUGCCAGGUAACCGUGGAUCCGGCGCUGGACGUGAGCUUCUCCUGGGCCUUUAAUGGCCAGCUUAUCGACUUCGAGCAUGACUCGGAGCACUUUGAGAGAGUCGGCGGAAAGUUUGCUGGGGACCUCAUGAUUCGAAAUAUUCAGCUUAACCAUGCUGGGAAGUAUGUCUGCAUUAUUGAUACAGAUGUGGAGAGCUUGUCUGUGGAUGCGGUCCUGAUUGUCGAAGGUCCACCCGGUCCUCCAGACAGCGUGAUGGUGGAGGAGAUUACAGACAGCACAGCGCAGCUUUCAUGGAGCCCUGGCAGAGACAAUAGCAGCCCCAUCACUGGCUAUGUCAUCCAGGCCAGAACACCCUUCACUGUGGGCUGGCAGGCUGUGGACACAGUUCCGGAGGUCAUUAAUGGCAACACACUGACUGCUACAGUGGUGGAUCUGAAUGCCUGGGUAGAGUACGAGUUCAGGGUUUUGGCCAGCAAUAACGUGGGGAUGGGAGAACCGAGCCCUGCCUCUGCAAAAACCAGGACGGAAGAUGCUAUGCCUGAUACAGCUCCCACUGAUGUAGGGGGUGGGGGAGGCACCAAGUCAGAACUAGUGAUAACAUGGGAGCCAGUCCCUGAAGAGCUACAGAAUGGAGAAGGCUUUGGUUACAUCAUCGCCUUUCGACCAAUGGGCACAGUGACCUGGACCCGAGCAGUGAUAUCAUCUCCUGUUGUCUCACGAUAUGUUUUCCGCAACGACACACUACCACCUUUCUCACCUUUUGACGUCAAGGUGGGCGCUUUCAAUAACCGUGGGGAAGGACCUUUCAGCUCCAUUGUCACUGUGUUUUCAGCAGAAGAAGUGCCGAGCAUAGCACCUGAGAGAGUUGUGGCGAGAAGCCUCUCCGCCUCCAACAUCGAAGUCAGCUGGGAACCCAUACAUUCGAGUCCUGAGAGAGUGCUUGGCUAUGAGGUGGUGUACUGGGAAGAUGACACUAAGCCAGAAACAGUAGGCAAAGUGAGAAUCAGCAACAACUCCACUGCGGUCAAUGUUAGCGGUCUUCAGGGCAACACACUGUACUAUUUAGCCGUGUGCGCCUUCAAUACUGCAGGAAGCGGCCCACAGUCUCAGCCUGUUAAUGCUACCACGAAGAAACCACCUCCAGGCCAGCCACCACAAAAUGUGGAAUGGACUCUGAUAGGCUCGCAGCUCACAUUGCAGUGGGACCCAGUCAUUGCUCUGGAUACUGAGUCUGAGGUCACUGGAUAUGUGGUAAUGUACAGGCGCCACCGCAAUAAUGACAUGUACACAAUCAUCACCAACAAAACCACAGUGGAGCUGACGCUUUCUCCCAAUGACAACUAUGUUGUUCAGAUUAAGAGCCUGAGCGGAGGCGGCCUUGGAGAAGGAAGUGAGCCCAUCCAUAUCCACCAACUUAGUAUGGGAGCCCAAGGCUCUGGAAUAGGAAGACUAAACACCCUCACACUCUCUCGUCUCCUUGUAACUGCACUAGUGGCCCUUAACGCCUCCUGAAGGUUUUCUUUUCUGAGCAGCAUCCUUAACUGGCACCAGUCUCUCUCUCUCUCUCUCUCUCUCUCUCUCUCUCUCUCUCUCACACACACACACACACACACAUACACACACACGUACUUCAUGCUCUUAACCCGUCCCUUGUUAUUGCCACCCAUCUCUGUCUGGCUUAAUAGGAUUGCCCCAUAUAUGCGUGUCACUGACACUGCAGGAUAUUGAAAUGUCAAACAAAUAAUGAAAGGAUUUGUCAAGAUGGAAACGUCAGAAUAACGCAAAAAAAAUGUUAUCACCACUGCUAGAAUAGAGAUUUAAUUGUUAUUCAUGAUCAUAUAAGAGAUGACUGAUUUGAGUUGGAUCGUGCAAAAGUACUUUCCAUCGUCUCUCUCUUUCUCUCUCAUUCCUGUUUUUGCUUUUAAUGUUAACCUCCUCCACAUUUUGGUUCUUGAAAGCAAUCAAUGCCUUAAGGCCAUAUGCAUACCAAAGUGAACAAGAAAAUAGAUCAGUGAGUUUUGUUUCAGCCUCUAAUCUAAUACAUACGUAGUUUUCAUGCAUCAGGGUCAUCUGUGCUUAUAUUCUGCUAGACCCAUUUUCAUUGUUCUCUCAUUAUUGUUAUUUCUUUUCUCUGUGAGACUUUUAAUUUCUUUCAAAAAUAUAAUUAAUUAAUCUGAUUACUUUCAAAGGCAGAAUAUUUUCCCUUUAUUUUACUAUAUCUAUUAUAUAUAUUUUAAAAAAUUAUAUAUUUAGUUCCACGCCCCUAUUGCAAUUGCAGGUAUUUGUGAUAUAAUGAAUUCAAGAUAAAUCAUGUUAGAGCUUUUGUCUACUUGAUGUGUGAAAUAAAAAAAUGAAAUGUAAACUUGUACAAAAUGUAUAAAAAAUUACAAAUUAUUUUAGGGAAAUAUUUUUGAAGAAAUGAUAAAAAAAAAGGUACAAGAACCUGCUUGCAUAAGUGUGCACACCUUUGUAUAACUGCGUCUUCUUCUGCCUGUCUUUAGAAUGUACCAAUUACAUUCAACUUCAUGUUCAAACAUUAUCAUGCAGCUCAAACAAUUAAUUUUAUCUGAUUAACCCCAUAUAUUUUAGGACUUCCCUCAUAUUUUACAGUUUGAUGGAUCCAUUCAGUGGUGUGUAUACUUAUACAACUAAGAUUUUUUAUUUUCUUUUUUCCCUUAAAAGCUUCAGAUUCUUUUCUUUUUUUGCAUUAUGACACAAAUCCCUGCAAUUUUUCAGAGGUAUGUGGAAUGUUAAUAUACAGUGUGGUCCCGGUCUUUCUGUAAAACUCUCAGUAGACUCUUCUUCUAAGCAUUGAAUUAUCAACGUUAAACUGUAGAAAGAACUGCAGCUGUACCUGAGCGACACCUAAAAAAAAUCCCUGUAGAAAAAAAAGUAACGAUAGAAGUCACCUUAAACCUUAUACCUGGUUUUACGCUUUCUUUUUAUGUUGCUAUUUGUGUAAAAUGGAAAGCAAGGUUAGAAAGCAAGCAUAUUAUCUUUUAAAGAUCCUUUUUUUUCUAUCCAACAUCCCCCACAUUCCCAUUACUCCAUUGUGGAAUGUUAUUAGCGUUCUAAGAAAUCUGCCAGUUCCUGAGCAAGAGAAACUGCUCCUCUAGCCCUUUGAUGGGGUCUCGCAUUUUGUUCUUUUCCUCGUGCUUGUUAAAUAAUGGAUGGCUCAUGUAUUAGGCAUUCUGCAGAGUUAAGGCAGGAAUAUGCGAUAUAUACUUGGUAAGUGGCAAUGUAGGCUUCACAAGCAAUUUCCUCUCCAGCUUUAAAAUGUGGAAUGAGUCCUGCUACUGUAUAUCCACUAUUAUCCGACCUGGGAUUCAAAAGUGGGUUAAUGAAAUUGGCAUCCUAUCGGUUCAGUUCAGUACGAGAGCAUAGAAUAAACCUAAUGCCUUGAUGAAUGCCAACCCUAUUAAAUUUCCUGCAAGAAGGGACCCACCCGCACUAUUUUUUGUUAGAUCUAUAUUUGGUAAAUCAGCUUGCAGCAAAGUUCAGGACUUACUAGCAAGGGGAAGACUUGGUGUGAAUUGGAUUGAUGUUAAACAUUUUAUAGCUCUGAAGGCAUUUUUGAUGGAUGUCAGGGAGGUAAAAGCCACAUGAAGGCAGGGAUGGAGCAAAAAGCCUACGCAUAGAUUUGCCUCAUAUUCUGUGGUCGUCUGAAGGUGAAAGCACACGUCUCUGCCCAAACGAUUAUUCCGAAUUCAUAAGCUUAGUACUCUGCCAUUAAUACAUUCAUAUAGAGUGGAAUAAGUGCCAAAGUAGGAAACGAUUAGUGCAGAAAUAUGUGGGUGAGUUUUAACAGCCCUAAUGAUAGUUCUUUAUGGAUGUUGUUACUAAAAGAGGAUUUGUUACCAUUGAGUCAUAAGUCAAUAAUUUAAUAAGUGGGGUUGCAUGGAGGUCAGCACAAUGGUACACAAUGGUACACAAGUGUCAAUAUUUUGAAUAUAGGCAAAUACUAAUAGAUCUUGUUAUGAUAUUAUUAUAAAUCUAACUUAUUUAUGUUAACAAAUAUAAAAGCCUGUUUUUUCUAUUCUUUUUUUCUCAUUUUAAGUUUUACUCUUUAAGUCGAGUUUUACAAAUUGUUGUUUAACUGACACUUUCUUUCUAUAAAAAAUUUCUUAAAAAAAAAAAAAAAAGCAGCCAAUAUAACUAGCUAAUUUUAUAUUUAGAAUUGUGCUGUGUAUAUAAAUAGGUCUUAUAAUCUUAGAUUUGGUUACAUUUUAAUCAUAUAAUUGAAAGUGCUAGAUACAUUUUGACUAUAUUCAAGAUAUUUCCACUUGCUAAUAGGAUAUUUUAUUCAGGUAAUCAUUGCUGCCUCACAACUCCAGGUUCUCUGGUUCGAUCUUGAGCUUGUGUUACUGUCAAAGUUUUACAUAUUCUCCCUGGGUUUGUUUGGUUAGUCCUUCAGGAUCUUGUGUUUCCACCCACUUCUUAAAAUAUGCUAUUAUGAUGUACUGGUAGCUAAAGUAGUAAUGCUAAAUCAGCCCCUACGAGUGAGUGAGUUGUGCAAAUUAAUGUGUUCUCCUACAACAGAUUGGCUCUGAGUGUAUUCCCACCUUGAACCUAGUGUUCCCAAGAUAUAUGAAAAUGUUAAUGAAAAUGUAUGAAUGAGUGAAUGAAUGUUUUAACAAAUUAAUGAAUUAUUGAAUGAAUGAAUGAAUGAAUUAAUAAGUGAAUAAAUAUGUAUUAACAUGCUAUGAGGCAAGUCCGUAGGUAGGAAGAGAUAGUAAAGAUUCCGUGAGCUUGAGGUGGUUAUUGUAGAAAGAUUCUUAAAUUAUCACCGAUGUAAAAUAUUUAAACUUUUGUUAAGACAGACCAUGCUCAAUUCUUUAUGCAGUGUAGGCAUCAUGAUCAUGUGUCUUUAACUUCUUAAAAUCCCAGUAAUUUUAAAAUAAUUCUUAGAAGUGGCUAGUUACCAUAGUUCGGUAAAAGCAAUAUUUAAUAUGUACUUCUAACAUUGACUCUGGCAUAGGGGGCAUGUGCCAAUAUUUCAUCUUUACCACAAUCAUAUUCGAGACAAGCUUUAGCUUUAUCAUAGAUCAUAACUUUAUUAAAGCAUAACCCACAUUCUCUGUAACAUUUAUUCAUUCUCACUAGUUUCUCUGUUUAGAGAAAUGGAAUAUAGAGGUAAUGACAAUCACUGAUGUCCAUGAUUAAAAAAAAAAAAUCCUCGUGUUGAAUAUGUGGUAAUCAGCACGUGUCUAGACUGUAGCUGAUGAGCUUGAAAAUGGUCCCAUCAGUCGUAUUCAUUCGGUUUGAGAGGCAUGUUGGCGAUUUUUCCAGUGACUUUUAUAUUUGAAGUUGAGGCUGACCAGCUGUAAGAACCGUGCCUUGGCCAGACGCUUUUUUUGUGCCUGCUUCAUUGCACCCGCCUUUGCUCUUUCUUAAAGUCCUGAGUAAGCACAACAAAGUGAACCAAGGUGAUGAGGGAACCUUGGUUUUACUCAACACGAGCAGGCGUGGCACGGCCCAUAGUGGUCUGUCGAAAACAAAUUCAAUCUGCAGAGCCUGUCUGCUCCCUUUCAUGAAGGUCCAGGCCUCCGUGAUUAGGCUACACUGGGCCACUCAAUGAGAUAUUGAUUUUUCUGCUCUGCUACUGAGGCUGUCACAACGCUGACAAUUUGAUUGACUGAUGCCAGCUUUCCUGCCUCCUUUUCUCCUUUUCCGGGGUUUUGCAAUGUCCUUGCAUUCCUCCUGAUCAACUGAUCUUUAGAUAACAUAAAUUUAGAAAGCAGAAAAAAAGGAGGCUUCUUAAAAUGAACAGCAGA